CUGUGCUCUUUGGUCGCUUGGCUGCUGAAAACAGCUGUGCAGGAGCACCCACAAUGCAGCUCGAGCUCUUCUCUCAGUCCUAUUCUGGUGCUAGUAGUGCAUUCAUAAUAUAAUGGCAGCAGGAGGGGGUUCUUGGACACCCCGAUGUGUAGUUUACUGAGACAGGGAGAAAGGGACGCUGUAGCCAAGCCUCAAAAUGACCACCGGGUUCAGCUCCAACUCCUGCCGAUUCGCAGACUACUUCGUCAUCUGCGGGCUGGAUACAGAAACCGGGCUGGAGCCGGACGAACUCUCCGCAUUAUGUGAGUUUAUACAGGCUUCUAAAUUGAGAGAUGGGGCCGGACGAUUCACUGCGAGUGGCGAUGAAGGGGAGAAUUUUGAGCAGAGCCCUUUAAGGAGAACAUUUAAAUCCAAAGUGUUGGCUCACUACCCUGAGAAUGUGGAAUGGAGUCCUUUUGACCAAGAUGCUGUGGGAAUGCUCUGCAUGCCCAAAGGCCUUUCCUUCAGGACCCAGGCUGACAACAGAGACCCUCAGUUCCAUUCCUUCAUUAUCACCCGGGAGGAUGGCUCCAGGACUUACGGAUUUGCUCUCACCUUCUACGAGGAGGUCACCAGCAAACAGAUCUGCAGUGCCAUGCAGACCCUGUACCACAUGCACAACGCGGACCAGUAUGACAUCCUCCAUACCUCACCCACCACCGGGAAAGACAGCGCCAGCCACGGGACGCCUGUGACGAAACUGCAGCGCUUCAACUCCUACGACAUCAGCAGAGACACGCUGUACGUCUCCAAAUGCAUCUGCUUGAUUACGCCCAUGUCCUUUUUCCAGGCUUGCAGGAAAAUACUGCAACAACUCCACCAAGCUGUGACUUCCCCCCAGCCGCCCCCUCUGCCGCUGGAAAGCUACAUCUUCAACAUCCUCUACGAGGUUCCCCUGCCUCCCUCCGGCAGGUCUUUGAAAUUCUCAGGUGUAUACGGACCAAUUAUAUGCCAGAGACCAAGCACCAGUGAACUGCCGCUCUUUGACUACCCUGUUAAUGAAGUGUUUGAGCUGUUGGGCGUGGAAAAUGUCAUACAGCUCUUCACCUGCGCACUGCUGGAGAUCCAGAUACUACUGUAUUCCCAGCAUUACCAGAGAUUGAUGACGGUGGCGGAGAGCGUCACGGCUUUAAUGUUUCCAUUCCAGUGGCAGCACGUCUACGUUCCCAUUCUCCCUGCCUCACUCCUGCAUUUCCUGGAUGCCCCUGUACCUUACAUGAUGGGCUUGCACUCCAACGGACAUGACGACAGGUCCAAACUGGAGCUCCCCCAGGAGGCCAACCUGUGUUUUGUGGAUGUCGACAACCACUUCAUUGAACUGCCCGAGGAUUUGCCGCAGUUUCCCAACAAACUGGAGUUUAUUCAGGAAAUCUCCGAGGUCUUGAUGGCUUUUGGAAUACCUCCAGAAGGGAACCUGCACUGCAGUGAAAGUGCCUCCAAGCUGAAAGGUCUCCGGUCCAGGGACAUCGCAUCUGACAAGCGCAACGGGAACAUUGCAGGCUCCCCUAUGAACUCCUGCGCCCUGCUGAAGGAAAACGAGACCAUAGCCAGGCUGCAGGCUCUCGUCAAAAGAACUGGUGUCAGCUUAGAGAAGCUUGAGCUGAGGGACGAGGAGGAGGCGAGCAGCAACAAGGACCUGAAAGUGCAGUGUGACGAGGAGGAGCUCCGGGCGCACCAGCUCAACAUCCAGCUGCGAGAGGUCUUUGCCAACCGAUUCACCCAGAUGUUUGCGGAUUACGAGGUGUUUGUGAUCCAGUCCAGUCAGGACAAGGAGUCCUGGUUCAGCAACAGGGAGCAGAUGCAAAACUUCGAUAAAGCCUCCUUCCUGUCUGAUCAGCCCGAGCCGUACCUGCCUUUCCUCUCCAGGUUCCUCGAGACACAGAUGUUUGCUUCCUUCAUCGACAUGAAAAUCAUGGGCCAUGAUGACGAGGAUAAGGACCCCAUCAUGAAGGUCUUUGACUCGAGAGUGGAUAAGAUCCGCAUGCUGAACGUCAGGACCCCGACGCUGCGGACCUCAAUGUACCAGAAGUGCACAGCGAUAGACGAAUCGGAAAAAGCCAUAGAAAUGAGGUUGGCAAAGAUUGAUCACACUGCGCUGCAUCCACAUCUCCUGGACAUGAAGAUUGGGCAGGGGAGAUAUGAACAUGGAUUCUUCCCCAAACUGCAGUCUGAUGUACUGUCUGCAGGACCGACCAGCAACAAAUGGGCAAAGAGAAGCGCUCCUGCGCAGUGGAGGAGGAGGGACAGACAGAAGCAGCAUGCUGAACACCUGUACCUGGACAAUGAUCAGAGAGAGCAUGAGGAUUGUCUAAUCUCGGAGCUGCCCUUGCUGUUGCAUUUAGAAUGGGACUGGCAUGAGCAUCCUCUCAGGCCAUCAGUACAAUCUGUGUCACAGUUUGAUCUGAAGUACGUUCAAGAAGCAAGAAACCUGGGAACUACAAUUCGCCAACCAAAGCUGUCCAACCUCUCCCCCUCUGUGAUUGCUCAGACCAACUGGAAGUUUGUGGAGGGUUUGCUGAAGGAGUGCAGAAACAAGACAAAGAGGAUGCUGGUUGAGAAAAUGGGUCGGGAAGCAGUGGAGCUGGGGCACGGGGAGGUCAAUAUUACAGGGGUGGAGGAGAACACACUCAUAGCCAGCCUGUGUGAUCUGCUGGAGAGGAUAUGGAGCCAUGGGCUGCAGGUCAAACAGGGUAAAUCUGCCUUGUGGUCCCACAUGUUACAUUAUCAAGAAAGCAAAGAGAAUAAAGAAGCCAUUUCAUUGGGCUUGUGUACCUCAGGCCUCAUCCAUGACCCUGAGAGGAGGAAAUCCGACACUGGGCUUGUAAUGCCACCGCUCAAGGUCUCGCUCAUAAAGGAUAUGAGGCACAUCCAGAAUAUCAGCGAGAUCAAAACAGACGUUGGGAAGGCCAGGGCCUGGGUCCGGCUCUCCAUGGAGAAGAAGCUGCUGUCCAGACACCUCAAACAGCUCCUCUCUGACCACGAGCUUACAAGGAAGCUCUACAAACGCUAUGCCUUCCUGCGCUGUGAUGAUGAGAAGGAGCAGUUCCUGUACCACCUCCUGUCGUUCAACGCGGUGGACUACUUCUGUUUCACCAACGUCUUCACGACAGUCUUGAUCCCAUACCAUGUGCUAAUUAUUCCCAGCAAGAAGCUGGGAGGCUCCAUGUUUACAGCCAACCCCUGGAUCUGUAUCUCCGGAGAGCUGUCUGAGACGGGAGUCCUGCAGAUCCCCAAAAACAACCUGGAGAUGACCUUUGAGUGCCAAAACCUUGGGAAACUGACAACAAUACAGAUUGGACAUGAUAACUCAGGGAUCUAUGCUAAGUGGCUGGUAGAAUGGGUCAUGGUCAGGAAUGAAAUAACUGGACACGCAUACAAGUUUCCGUGUGGGAGGUGGCUUGGGAAGGGAGUGGACGAUGGAAGUCUGGAGAGAAUCCUGGUGGGAGAGCUUGUAACCCCCGGCACCGAGAGUGAUGAGCGGCUGUGUCGGACACCACCCCUGCAGCAGUCCCCCAGCAUGAUCAGGAGAUUUGUUACUAUCUCACCAAACAGCAAACCAAAGUUAAAUACAGGGCAGAUCCAGGAGUGUGUGGGUGAAGCGAUCAAUGGGAUUGUCAAGCAUUUCCAUAAACCAGAGAAAGAGAGGGGCAGCCUAACACUGCUGCUGUGUGGAGAGUGUGGUCUGGUCUCAGCCUUAGAGCAAGUGUUCCAGCAUGGGUUCAAGUCUCCCCGGCUCUUCAAAAAUGUCUUUAUUUGGGAUUUAUUAGAAAAAGCACAGGUAUAUUUUGAGAGUCUUGAUCAGCAGGAAAUGAACCAAGAUGAGAACUGGCAGACGAGAGCAAGAAACUUCUGUCGAUUCAUGGGUGCCAUUAACAGAACCCCAAGGAGCAUUGGGAAGGAUGGCAAGUUUCAGCUGUUCAAAUUGUUAAUUACUUGUCUCUUCCUCAGGGAUCAUCUGUUGCACCACUGGAUUGCACUUCUCGCUGACUGCCCAAUCACUGCACAGAUGUAUGAGGACAUGGCUCUGAUAAAAGACCACACUCUUGUGAACUCCCUUAUCAGGGUGCUACAAACACUGCAGGAGUUUAACAUCACUUUGGAGUCAUCUCUGGUUAAAGGGAUAUGUAUCUAGGGGGGUGUGACUACACCAAGCACCUCAACCAAUUGGAACAGUGGGGAAUCCUUCAAAUAGAAUUUGUCAUGCAAGAGAGACUUCAACAGAGGACUUUUUUUUAAAGCUACGGUAUUUUUUUCCCAUAUAUAAAGUGCAAUGAGCCUUUUAAAAUGCGUAAUGCUUGUCGUGAAACAUGCCAAGCUGUUACAAGCUUUUUAUUUUGUGUGGUAACCCUUUAUUCACUCUUUUAUGUUUACCAGUAGCUUUUGUUUUUGUGAAUUGACAGUAACAGCUGUGUUAAAAUGCAAUGUUAAUAUAUUUUAAAAAAAGAACAGUAUUAUUUUGGUAUGUUUGACCAGUUGCACUAAUGUUGAAACUUUACGUUCCAAGUUUAAGUCAGUCAGAAACUUUCACAGUCAGAAAGCUGAGCUCUAAGCAAAUCAGUUAGAAGUAUACUUUAUAAGUAUUAAUGUUGAGGGGAUAGGAUUUUUAAUUUAUACAAAUAUAAAUUGAAAAAUAGUUUUAUAUACCUUGCAAUAUAAAUGCACGGAUCUGAUGAGUUUUCAAAAUAAUUUCAGUGCACGACGUAUCUUAUUAAGCUUUCAAAUUUUAUUUUAAAUAUAUUCAUCAAAAACCUAGAUUGAGGGGGCUCUCAAGUGGCACAUCCAGUAAAGGCACUCCGUGUGGAGUGCAGGAUGUGCCCCAUAGCCUGGAGAUCGCAGGGAUGGCUUAGGUUGGCAGGGCAAUCCCCCUGUGGCUGAUAGGGCACCUGCUGGUGUUUCAACCUCCGUUUCCCAAGUUGCCAGGGCGUUGCAGCAGUGAACUGGGGUAAAUAUAAUUGGGUAUUCCAAAUUGGGGGGAAACCCCCCCCCCCCCCAAAAAAACUAGAUUGAAAUAAGUCCUUGUAAAGUGUUUUCUUCACUUUUGUCACAAUUUGCAUUGUAGAAUUUAAUUGGGGAAAAGCAAUUUAUUUGAUUUGGGAACCCCUGUUUACUGUACAGAUACCUAACCCAAGAUAGUUCCUCUGAAAUAUCUUCUUUUCUGAUUCAUACCCAAUAAACAAAGCAUUCAAAAGAAUAUUUGGUUCAACUUAUUUUAAAAUGAGUUGUUUUUGGAGAGUUUUCUGUUCACUUCUCAGUUCUCAAGCUCAUCCAAAUGUCUGUUUGUAUUCCAUUUUUCUGAACUUUUGACUUAUGACAUAUUUCACCGACUUUCCCACUAAUUUAGGUCUAGACCUUAAAUCUUAUUGCUGCUUGUUGCCAUUUUGCAGACCACACUAAUGGAAAUGAGUAAUAUAAAAUGAUGAAUAGAUGAUAGCCUUCAAAAAGUGUUUAUAUUCUUUAAAAAAAUGUACCUACAUAAUUUAUGUCCUGUAAAUGUUUGAGUUAGAGCAGAAGGCAACCUCUGUGGCUAUGUUUCAUGUGGCUGUGUUUGUCAACACAUUUAUAAAGAGACAAUGCAGGAUUAUUAUUCAAACCUGAGCCUUUUGCUUCCCAUUCUAGUACUUUAAAUGCUGGGAUAUGAAGCCCUGGCAAAUUAUUAAGCUAUGAAUUCAAUAUGGGCCCUAUUCUCACUUGGUUUACGUGCUGGAAUACAAGCUUACAUGCCAAUAUAUGGUAUUGUAUUUACCAUUCAUGGGCAUGUACACCCUUCUUCCAAUGCAUAAAUCAACCCAGAAUAGACCCCUAUGUGAAUGUCUACAUUACAUGUACUGCCCAGGUGCUGAAGGAAAACUCCAUCAAAACAACGCCCCCUAUAGGAUUGUCACUGUCUGUGCUAUGCAAUACCGUUUAAAUGCUUGGAUAAUGCUGCUAUUCCAUCUGCCUUCAAAUGGUACCAGCUUAAAUGAUAAGCCGAUUGGAGCAUUUCUUAUUGUUAUAUUAUCUUGUAAUGUUUCUUUCGCCUAAUGAAGCUAUGUUCUGUAGUGUAAUAUAUGUGGUUUAAUGUGUACAGUGUAUAAAAUGUAAUACAAUUUUUAAAAACAAACAAAACAUGAGUGACAAGGUCUGUAUGGAAAACUGUAUUGUAUAUUUUUACAUGAUGAACUUGCUCUAGACGUGCUGUAGAUUGCAGCUAACAGUGUUACCUGGGGAGUGGUUUUAUAGAAGGAGAUAUUUUUUAUCUUUUAGCUACUCUGGGUUCUAUCAAUAUUAUUAAUGAACUGUAGCUCUGUGCUGUAGAGAUGGUCUUCAGUAGUUACACAUGUACUUUAAACUGCCCUUAUAAAUAAAUGGUAAACAUUUCCUAA